UCCUUAAUCAUUUGCAAACUUUUAUCUCCUCCUUUUCAAAUCUCUUUCAGGAAAUAAGGAUGGAACAGAGGACAGAUCUUAGGUCAAUUCUUCAGUAUUUGCCUCUUGUGGCUCAGUCUUCAUCGCUAGUCUGGCCACCUUCUGUUGAAGAAGAGCUCCAAACAAUGUCUAGAGGGCCGAGUGAGUCAAUGGUUAACUCAGGGGAGGCUCUUGCCUUGCAUAUCACGAAUAUUCAGAAAUCCCUCUCCUUGAAUGCAUCUGAUCUCGCACCUUAUGCGUUACAAGGGUAUGCUCUUUUCUUUGACAAGAAAAUUUCCAGAGAAGAGUCAGCCAACUUUUUUGGUGAGGUGGUUCCUGCCUUGUGCAGAUUACUUCUCCAGUUACCUUCCCUGUUAGAAAAGCACUAUCAGAAGGCAGAUCAUGUUCUUGAUGGAGUUACGUCGGGGCUUCGCCUAUUAGGCCCUCAAGAAGCUGGAAUUGUGUUACUUAGCCAGGAGUUAAUUGCAGCUCUUCUUGCAUGUUCCUUCUUUUGUUUGUUCCCUGAAGUUGACAGACGAUUAAAUAAACUUCAAGGAAUCAACUUUGAUGGAUUGUUUUCGUUUCCAUAUAUGCGUGACUGCACAAAGCAAGAAAACAAAAUAAAGUGCCUUAUCCAUUACUUUGGAAGAAUAUGUCGAUGUAUGCCCACCGGCUUUGUUUCAUUUGAGAGGAAAAUUCUUCCACUGGAAUACCAUCCUCACUUUGUUUCUUAUCCUGGGGCUGAUACAUGGGCUAAUUCUGUCACCCCACUUUGCUCUAUUGAGGUUCACACCUCGGGAGCUAUAGAGGAUCAACCUGGUGAAGCUCUUGAAGUGGAUUUUGCAGAUGAGUUUUUUGGAGGCCUUACUCUAAGUUAUGAUACUCUACAGGAAGAAAUAAGGUUCGUGAUCAACCCGGAACUUAUCGCUGGCAUGAUCUUUUUGCCUCGUAUGGAUGAAAAUGAAGCGAUUGAGAUUGUUGGUGUUGAAAGAUUUUCGCGUUAUACAGGGUAUGGACCUUCGUUCCAAUAUGCUGGCGAUUACACAGACAAGAAGGAUUUAGACAUUUUCAAGAGGCGAAAAACGAGAGUCAUAGCUAUAGAUGCCAUGCCUGGCCCAGGAAUGGAACAGUACAAACUUGAUGCCCUCAUUCGAGAGGUUAACAAGGCUUUUAGCGGAUACAUGCAUCAAUGUAAAUAUAAAAUCGAUGUUAAGCAUCAUCCUGAGGCAUCAUCUUCUCAUGUUCCUCUUACAUCAGAUUCUGCGAGCCAAGUUAUAGAAAGCUCUGAUAGAUGGUGUAUUGAUCAUGAAGAGAAGAAGAUUGGUGUAGCUACAGGGAACUGGGGAUGCGGUGUGUUUGGAGGAAGACCCUUCAUGUCAUACUACACCUUUGGCCUCCAAGCCCUGCAAAAUCUCAAUCAGGUGAUCGAAAGGGUCGCUUUGCAAGAAAUGACUGUAGGAGACCUAUGGAAAAAGCUAGUUGAGUAUUCUUCAGAGAGGCUCAGCAGAAGAACAUGGCUUGGCUUCUUCUCGUGGCUCAUGACCUCACUGUCUACCUAGAGGAAAAAUUGAGUCAGAGUUACAUUAUUUUCUGAAUUAUGGGUAAUGUAUUAUCCAUGUCUCUGUCUGUGUCUGACAUUUGAAGUCUAGCUAAAAGCGUUGGAUUGCUAACCCAUUGUAGUGAAGUCUAAUAAUACCCAUUAAAUAAAGUCUUUAUGUGAUG